UAAGGGAGAGAUAUUAUUGGAUGCAAUUCCUGGGAAUGCUACAGGAAUUGCAUCUGUCUGUUCUUGGAGACCAGAAUACUGAACUCUGUUAGAAGGAACACUUCAUCUCCCUGUCAUAAAGAGUCCUUAGCAACCACCUACCUAGUUCAGGUCACAGACAAGGAGAGUAGCGACUAUAGAGUCCUUGACUCUUUCUGGUGCAGGUAAACUUGUCUCUGGAAGCUGAGGAAGAAAAUCCAGAGGCACGGUUAAGACCUUAGCCAUGGCAUCUGUAUCCUAUCGAGAGCCAAUAUCCACCACAGUGGGAAAACGGAUGAUUGUUACAGGCCCAGAUUACAUAAAGGAUCAUCUACCUAAAGUUCACCAGCAUGCUUCCUAUGUCGGAGAAAAACGUCCAGCAUUAGAAAAAACUGGAGAUCUCAGAUAUUUAUGGAGGCCUGCUACAAACAGAAGCUUCCCAGCAAAAUAUAAACAUGAGUAUGUUGGCGAAAUUGGUUGGGGAAUACCAGAGUAUGAUUUUAUCAACAAAACAAGGCUUGAGACUGGCUUUCACGUCAAGUAUGGAGAACUAAGUCAAGCUGCUAUUGAUAAAAUAAGCCACAGAUACCAAAACCCAUGGCAACCAAAACCUAGUAUUAUGGAUAUGCAAGGAAAAUACAGUCGUGGUUCUAUUGCCUGGCAUAUGGGUGAUUUUGAGCACACCGAUCAAAGAAAUUCCAAAUGGGCAACCCUUGUUAGGCAGAGUAAGGCAACACUGCCAAGAGCUUACAGACCACCUAUGCUGCCAAAGCUACCGAAAAAGGAGGAGAAAAGGAGACUUCAGCCUCUAAAUCAGCAUGAAGCAACUUGCUACUAGAAAGAAAACUGCCUACAAGUGUAGAACAAAAAUAAGGUCAUAGUAACCCCUAAGUGCUUCUCGUAUUGCCCCUGGGACAGAUGUCCUGCAAGAGUAUGCUUCAGUUUAAAGCCCAAAUAAAGAUUUUAGUGAAAACGUGUUCAAUCAUACUAAUAGUGGCUGUUUCCUGAGAGCUUAUAACAUCUGACAGUAUCCCAAAUGCUUUACAUGAAUUAUCUAAUUUCAUUUUCAUGACCCCAUGAGAUAGGUUCCAUUAUUUCCCCAGCUUUACAGAUACGGAAUUGAGACUUUGAGAAGUCACACAGCUGGGAUGUAGCAGAGCUUGGACUGGACUCCAGGCCAUUGGUCUCUACAACCUGUGCACUGGCCACUAUACACUGGCUGUUAAAGUAGCUCAUGGUGGCAUGGUACUUUGACAGUUUAAAAAGCAGUCUCUUAGCUCUAAUUUUCAGAGGAUUCUCACAACAUGCUUAUUGAAUAGGUACUAUCUUCAUUUUACAAAUGAGAAAGCUGAGGUUUGUCCACCAACACACAACUAACCAAUGGCAAAGCCUAGACUUUAACCCAGUCACAUUCAGUGGUCUCCCUACCCUGCUGUACUGCCACUCCUUAGACGACAACCAGACAGUAUUCAAAGCACCUUCUUCAAGGCCAUAAAGGUCUUGACUAUUUCUGAGGAAUGUAGUGCAAUUGUAGUUUUGGUCAUAAGAACUCAGGAAAAUUACCACUCCAUUAGCAAUUAGUGUAAUUCAUAUUCAGCUUCCUACUUUGUUGUUAAAUAGCUCUGUAUCUUCUGUGGAGGCCAGAAGGAAGGUGACGGAUGUUUUGGUUUGGGGUUGUAGUGCAGAGAGCAACAGUGUGCAGAAGGGAGGAAGAAACUGAGAAGGCAGGCGCUCUUCCCUCCAAGUGCAUAUCCCCAAGGUCAGCCAUCAAAGCUUCUCCUAGCUACAUGCCCCUAAGCCUCUCUUCUACUUUUGAAACCUUUCUGCCUCCCUCCCUCCCUCUCUAAAUACAUUUUCUCUCAAUCUCUCUGCACACACACACACACACACACACACAUAUUGAAAAGAAUUUGUUUUGUACAUUAAUUCCAGUGACUGAGGGAGAGCUGUUGAUAGGAGUUUACCGGCUCUGUUUGUCACUUGUAUUUAAUAUAAUGUUAUGAAAGUGAUUUUAAAAUCCCAUUUGAAAAGGAACAAUUGAUACCAUCUUCUAUGGGUAUGGUACUUCAAAAUUUCAAGUGUUUAUGCAAACAAUAUUCUAUUUUAUCUAUAACAACUUUGUGAGGUUGGUCCCUGAACAAAAGGAACUACAAUCCCUUCAGAAACUGGCUUGCUUGAUAUUGAGCUAAUAAAAGGAAAACUAAUGAGUUCUCCAAAGGAGGAUUUUAAAUUUCCUUUUAUGCUUGAUCCUCCCCCCAUCUCAUUUACUUUACCACAUACCACAUACUUGUUCAAAAGGAUGUAUGUCACUCUAUGCUAUUUGUUUCAUGGAACAGCUAUUGUUACUGAAACCUAUCCUGUUUGCUGGUCUUAUGUUGCAUGUUCUAUUUUUAGUUAUGCUAAUAUCCAAUUAUACUAAAAACAAUACAUAUGAAUAUGUGAUUUUAUAAUCAAAACAUUGUUAAAGUGUUUUUUUUAAAACUAUAUUUCUUUAGUAA